AUGAGAAAUACAGAGCCCAGCAGGCCUCAAGAUCACUCAUCCACCGCUAUCAACAUCAUAGAAGGCUCACACAACCAAUCCGACUCAAACGAUUUCCUUAAUAAUUCAGCAAAUAAAAAUUUAGCUUCAAAUGAUCCUAAGUACAGAGACACAGUAAAAGCUUGUGUUGGGUAUUUUAUUUUAUUUAUGGUUUACCUAUCCAGCACUCUGGCUUCAAAUUCUAUAUACAAAAAUGACGUAACUACCGUUCUCCUCUGCCUUAUCUUUCUUAUAAGCAGCUUUAUCAUCAAUUUAGUGGUUAUUAUAUAUAGACAAAGAGAUAAUUUCCAAGACGAAGGGAAGAGGUGAAUAAUGCCAACGCUUUACAUUUACUGUGGGCUGUCUUUUAUAUUAUCAGACCUCAAUAUCUUCCCUGUUAUUUAUAGAGAAGAUAAAAACGCUUCAUAUCUGCCUGGAAUGCAGGCAUUGUUACUAUUAUUUGUAGUUGGACCAAAAAUAUUGGAGACCAAAAAAGCGAUAUAUAUUUCUAUUAGUAUUUUUUUAUAGUAAUUUAUAGUAAAUAAUUUUUAUUUAAAAAUAGUAAUUUUUUAUAUAUAAACUUUAUAAGCCAGAAUAUCUAUUAUAGCAUUUGGGCUAAAUUGCUUUGGGAAGCAAAAUAUAGGGAUUUCAGUAUUUCAAAUUUUACUGCUUUUUUUAGCCAUUUUCUUCGGGCUUAUUGAUUAUCCUACUAUUGCGAAAGUAGGAAGAGAAGCUGACUAUGCUCAAGAAUCAAUUUUGCCUUCAAUUCCAUUGCCUGAAAUCCAAACAAAGUCUUCUACAGGGAUGGAAACUAUUAUAAACGCGAUUAAAAAUUCAAUAACUGUCCUUUUUGAUGCUUUUGAGCAUGCUGAGUAUGGAAAUAAAGAAACCAUUGUAGCAACUAUAACGAACCUGAAAGGGGCACUUGACUCUUUAAGCCACAGAAAUAUAUAUCAGACGUCUUUUGACCAAAUCACGAAAAAUAUGGACGAACAAGAUAAAAUUCAUGUUUCCCAGGUAUUUUUUGAAAGGUCGUCUGAUGUAGAUGCAGCUUCAUUAGGCUCCAAAGGCAAUUUCAAAGAAAAACUCAACCAUAUUUAUGGGAUUUCUGAACUCUCAGGAAUUCUACGCCAAAUUGGAAAAGAAUGAAAUUUUAACACUAUGUUUAUAGGAGACUGCUCUGGCCAAACCCCUAUACAAGUUGUAGGGAUGCACAUAAUAAAACGAUACGGUCUUAAUGAGCUGUUUUCUAUCAGUGAUCGGCUGCUGAGUUCUUUUCUACGUGAAUUAGAAGGGAAAUAUCUGCCAAACCCUUAUCACAACUCUUGCCACGCUGCUGAUGUGAUGUGCUCAUAUCUCUACAUAAUUCACAACUGUCCUUUAAUUGAUGAAACUAGUUCUCUAGAGCUAAUGGCCGGAAUUAUUUCAACCUUAUCCCACGAUGUAGGGCAUCCUGCAAAGACUAACCGAUUUUUGAUGGUGACUAAAAAUGAAGUUGCUAUCCAGUAUAAUGAUUUUAGUGUACUAGAAAUGAUGCAUUCGACUAUUUUAUUUCAAAUUUUAUACUUUUUCUAACAGCUUGGCCUUUUUUUAGAUAAGUUUUAUAUAAAAUAUUUAUUUUUUUUGACUGGGAUAGCAAAAAAUGAAUAUAAUGUCCUAUCAAAUUUGCCAAGCGAUAAGUAUUUUGCGAUCAGAAAAGUUAUUAUAGAGCUGAUUCUUGCGACUGAUAUGUCAAAACAUUUCGAUGUAGUUGAGCAUUUCCGAGCAAGAUUUGUAGGAGCCAACGUCCCAGUUGAUUUUGCGAAUGUUGAAAUCAGACAAGAAAUGAAUAAAAUGACAAUAAAAAUGGCUGAUAUUGGUCACUCUGCCAAGUCCAUUGAAUUGCAUGAAAAAUGAUGUGUCCUGGUGCUCCAAGAGUUUUUUACACAAGGCGACAUAGAAAAAUCCUUGGGACUGCCUGUUUCUAUGUACUGUGAUAAAGAAACAACUGAUAUAGCCAAAUCUCAGUCUGGGUUUAUUAAAAAUAUUGCACUUCCUUUAUUUUCAGCUAUGAAUAACGUUGUAAAUUCAAGGGAAAUAGAAGAAAAUAUUAUAAAUCAGCUGAAGCACAAUGAGGCGUAUUGGAAUGCUCGAAGAUUGGUUGCAAGAAACCAGACAGUUCUUGUUAAACAUGAAGAAGGGUGGAUAAAUAAUCAGUAUGAAAUGCUUACAGAAAAAGUUGAUAAACAUAGACGUGGAAGUCAUCCCAGCAAAUAUUUAUCGUAA